AAUGUGAUUAGUUGCAUGUUCUACUCCAAUAUUUGAUAGUUUUCUUCAAUCUAAUGGGAUAAACAAGUGGCUGAAAUGGGGAAAUGGUGCACUUUGGAAAAUGAGGAAUGAGAUUGGAUACAAAGAACUGGCUUAUUUAAAUCAUGAUAUAAUAUUACAAGGAUUGGACAGUUACAGUGAAUGUUAUAUUCAAUAGUGAUUGUUUAAGCAUAUUUAUUGUCAUUUUUGAAAAACAAAACAGUAUUUUCAGUGUUUAUGUAUAAUGUUACAAGCAGGGUACACUCUCACACAUUGACAGUUUUGACAUUUGUUUUAGUUUUUGUCUCAGAAUCAGAUGAUUUUGGAAUCAAUGCCUUCAAUUCAGUCAUAUAAAAUAACUCACAAUGGAACAGAUCUCAAUUGUUUGAAAAACUGCCAUUUUUGUGUUAGAAACGCUUUUAGCAAUUAAACAUCAAUUUUCCAACAAAAAUAUGCAACACUGCGAUCUGAUAUUUUGUCAGCAGCCUUGUAUCACAAGUUUCCGACAUUUACGCAAGAAUUGGGUCUUUCUAAAACAAAAAAGUUGUCAAAACGGUUAAUAUGUGAGAGUGCAGUUUUAAAUUCAAAACUUCAUGAAGGGGCAUGGAAGAAAUGCUGAAAUUUGCACAUAAAUUCAUGAAAUUGGCUGCAUGCUAUUGAUAUUUUGAUAAAAUACAAAGUCAGCAAGCUUUGAGCUGCUUUAUUCGGCUUAAUUCGGGGAAGACCGAGAUGCUGUGUCAGCUGUAUGAGUUAUUUGUCUUGAGUGGCACUAUUGCCUGUGAAAGCAGGUAUUGAUUUUACAAUUCCUAUAGCUCUCCAAUGGUAUGUGCAUUUUCUUCUUUAAAUGGAGAGCAUAAAAUCAAGGGAACAACAGUGUUAAAGACAAUCAUAAUUGCGACCGAACUCUCAAGGAUGCAGUCAACAGUUAUAUGCAUUUGAGGAAUCAAUUUCGUAGGGUAGCAAAAAGAGACCCAGAAUCUAUGGAGAAUUUAGCAUCAUAAUGCCUUCGUGGUGACAUUAGUUUGGGUUGGAUUUCUUAACAGACCUUUGGAUAUUUUUUGAAAAGGUAGACCUACAUCAUGAGCAAGUGCGGGGAAGGGGAAUGUCCUGCAUCCUGCUGCAAUAGCUCCCCUGUGAGCCCCAGUGUCCAGAGCAGCCCUGUCACCCCACCCACAUACUUCAGUGACCCUGAGGACAGCUACAGAGGUCAUGAUAUCUCACCAAACACACUCAAGUACCUGGUGCACCAUACGUAUGCGGCGGCUUCAUACAACAGUUCCAAGAUGGAGGAGUUGGGAGAUGCAUUCCACUCCAUGAACCACGCGGAGCGAAUGAUGAAGAAAAUGGAGGAACACGCCCACAAACAUUCCCUCUGUGAUGUUGUCCUCGUGGCUGGGCAGAGACGUAUUCCUGCACACAGACUUGUGCUGAGCGCAGCCUCAGACUACUUUUCGGCCAUGUUUACGAAUGACGUACAGGAAGCUACAAUGGAGGAAAUCAGACUGAAAGAGGUGGACCCUGAUGCCCUGGCUGCUAUCGUCACGUUUGCAUACACAGGUUCGAUAGAGCUUCGUGAGGACAGUGUGGAGAACCUGUUAGCGACGGCGUGUAUGCUGCAGCUGUCAGAGGUGGUCGAAGCAUGCUGUAACUUCCUCAUGAAACAGCUACACCCAUCAAACUGUAUCGGCAUACGACAGUUCGCUGAUGCUCAGGGAUGUUCCGACUUGUACAAGGUUGCAAACAACUAUGUCAUGGAGCGGUUUGGCGAGGUGAUGAACACUCAGGAGUUCCUCAUUCUACCCCCCGAGGAGGUCGCAAAACUUCUAGCCAGUGAUGACCUCAAUAUCGCAACAGAGGAGGUGAUCUACUCGGCCCUUGUCAUGUGGGUGAACCACGACCUCGCAGCCCGCAAGAAAUACCUGUCCAAACUCAUGUCUCACAUUCGACUUCCCCUCAUGUCACCUCAAUUUAUAGCGGACCACGUUGAGACCAACCCUCUGUUUAAGGACAGCAAAGAGUGUCAGGGUCUCAUUAUGGAGGCCCUCAAAUACCAUCUACUGCCCGAACGGCGAUCCUCCUUUCAAAGCCCACGUACAAAACCUCGCAAGUCCACCGUCGGCAUGAUGUUCGCUGUUGGCGGCAUGGACAGCAACAAAGGACCAUCAACCAUUGAGAAAUAUGACCUAAGGACCAACACAUGGACUCAGGUGGCGAACAUGAACGGCCGGAGACUACAGUUUGGUGUAGCAGUGCUUGAUAACAAGCUUUACAUCGUAGGGGGCCGGGAGGGGCUGAAGACCCUCAAUACUGUGGAGUGUUAUGACCUUCGCAAGAAGACAUGGACCCUCAUGCCUCCCAUGUCCACACACAGGCAUGGUCUAGGUGUCGGUGUGUUAGAGGGUCCUAUGUACGCUGUUGGAGGCCAUGAUGGUUGGUCGUACCUUAACACAGUUGAGCGUUGGGACCCGCAGGCCAAGCAGUGGAGCUAUGUAGCCCCCAUGUCUACACCACGGAGCACUGUUGGUGUCGCUGUACUCUUUGGAAAGUUGUAUUCCGUGGGAGGUCGGGAUGGAUCUUCCUGUCUUAAGUCUGUGGAGUGUUUCGACCCACACACAAACAAAUGGAUGCCCUGUACGCCUAUGUCCAAGCGUCGUGGUGGGGUGGGUGUGGCCACGUGUAACGGCUUCUUGUACGCAGUUGGAGGACAUGAGGCUCCAGCAACCAACCCGACCUGUUGUAGAUUUGACUGUGCCGAAAGGUACGACCCAAAGACGGACCAAUGGACAAUGAUCGCUCCGAUAGGAAAUCCCCGAGAUGCGGUUGGAAUGUGUCUGCUCGGUGACCGAUUGUAUGCUGUUGGGGGGUACGAUGGACAACAUUACUUAAAGGAUGUGGAGGCAUAUGAUCCGAUAAACAAUGAAUGGUCCAAGGCUGCACCACUUAGCACAGGUCGCGCAGGUGCAUACGUGGUCCAUGUGCCGCACAGUUGACAAAAACCGCGCUGGUCUCUUUCCUCCCUGCGAAAGUGGCCAUCGGGAUUUUUCAACCGGCGAAAAUCCAAGCUGAACCCUAGUCACUCGACAUCAUGUAUCUGAUCUGUGGAGAAUUGAAGGGGACUACUUUUUUUAAGUGCUGCUGGUGUAUUAAUGUGAUUGCACUAGUUUUAGUACUGCUGGUGUACUUCCAUAGUUGGAUUGCUUCUGUAUUAAAGGAGUCUUCAUUGCUGUGAAACAAUUCAGGUUGCAUUCAGGAUGGAUAAAAAAGAUUAGAGAUGAGAAGAUGGCAUUCACUAUAUAUGGAUGAAAUAUGUAAGGUGAUUCAAAAACGUGAUGGUGUUCAGUUACUGUGUAUGUUUUCUCAGAAAGGAGAAAAAGAGUCGUGGAAAUGAUACUUAUAUGUUUUGAUGGACUGCAGUCACUGCACAUAAGUUGUUGUAUGCCUGGCUGGAAGAGGAGGGAAUAAUAUGACUUUAUUAUGAAAGCUAGAUGUUGAUUAAGAUUAAUGAUAGGCCAUGGAAUUUAUUCUGUGAAUAAGCUGAUACAAAUGAAGGCAUGCAAUCCCAGGAUAAUCUUGGAUCCUGCAUCCUAGGUGCUGACUGUUAUAUUUAUUAGUGUUACAUGUAUUUGACAAGGGCAUUGUGACUACUGAUAAUACUGUGCAUUUGAAUGGACCAAGGGAGGUAAAUGUGUUAUGACAUUUCAUCAAGCUUAAAUGUGUACAUUAGCUGUUGACACUCGAGUGUUCUUUUGUCAUGAUAAUGUUGAAUUCUUGAAGUUCUAAACUUCAUGUGAUGUUUUUGUCAUGUUUUUUACAUGUAAUUCAGUGUACAGAUUAAUGUAUUUUUGUCCUUUCAUUUGAUACAGUGUUUUAAACCCAUAUGAAAGAUGGAAAGAUUUACAUGGUCACAAUUUGUAUCCAAUCCAUGUGUUUGUUACCAGAAAUACAAUUUGUAUGGUUUGUAUUUCUGAUCCAUAUUAAAGCUGCACUCUCACAGAUUGAACGUUUUGACAACUUUUUUAUUUUUUGUCUUGGGACGAGCCAAUUUUUGCGAGAAUCCAUGGAAACCAGUUAUAUAAGACUGCUGACAAAAAAUAAGAUCGCAGAUUUUUAUAUUUAAGUUCAAAAAAUGAUGUUUUAUGCAUUUUUCUUAAACCCUUAGUAAACGGUUUAAGCCAUAAAACUUAAAUUUUCGAACGGAAAUAUGAAAAUCUAUGAUCUGAUUUUUUGUCAGCAAACUUAUAUCAUUGAUUUGCAGAUAUUUAUGCAAACAUUUGUUCUUUCCAAGACAAAAAAUAAAAAAGGUCAAUCUGUGAGAGUGCAGCUUUAAGAACCCUUAAUUACUUUGGUGUCUUUCUUAAGAGGAAAAGGCCCAUUUAAGGCCCCGUAAAUUAAAAUAAAUAAUAAAACUAAACUUUGGUGUUGAAAAAGUCUGCUGAAAUAAAAUACCGGUAUACUCCUUUUAAAAUACAUACAAUGUAUGUGAAUUAAAUUAUUGUCUUGUUCAUGCAACAAUUAAUUAAUAAUUGAUGAACAUUAGACAUGAAAGGUUAAGUUGAAUUAGAGAGCUUUUUUCCUUUUUUUCCGGAGUGUUGGCAGCAUCAAUAUUUUCAUAUGUGUAGUAUUUAACAUUCAAAAGAAUGUGGUUUAAAUAAUUGGUAAUGUAUGAAGCCACAUUUAUUUUUUGCCACAAAAUUUAUUAAGAAAAUGCUACUUGAACAUUCUAUACCUAAUUUUUAUCAAGAAUUUUCUUAAUACAGUUGCAUUUUAUAAAGCCUAUAUUUUAUUUUUGCAUAAAAUUCAAACACCAAAAUUGAGUUUUUAUAUUUUGAUCAUUUGAAAAUGUGAAUCUGCCCCAUUGUAAUGAAUAAGGGGCCAAAGUACCAAACAGACCUGAUCAUGUACAAUAUUACUACUUCUUCAAUAAUUAUAUUACUGACAAAUCUCAGAUUUUGAGUGUAAUAAUUACUUGUGUGUGCACAUAAAGGGCUAUGGGUUUGGUGCUAAGGGCUAAUUGUUAUUCUUUUUGUAUGUUUUAAUCCAAAAUGUAUAAGGGCAAGUUUUAGAAAUACAAAUACAUGUGUUUUUGCUAUAGAAACAAAUACAGUAUAGAAUAUGACUAGAAGGGCAUUGACGGGUACACGCUGGCUGACCAAUAUAGCAAUACCAUCCAAUGUUUGGUGUUUGUUAGUUAUUUUUACAUCAUCAUUAUCAUCUGCUGCCUGUUGAAGUGAAUGCAAUGUUGUUUUGCAUAGAAGACAUUCCCCCACCUGGAGAGUGAGCUCACACGAACACAGAAGGCAUUUUCUAUUUUCAUUUGACAAAUGAUUAAAAGUAGCCUCGUUUAUACUAAAAUUACUUUUUAAUGUCCUAUUAAUUCUGAGGCGUGAAAUUUAUAUACGGGUACCCAUGUGUAUUUGAUGAUUGGGAACCGGGGUCCAAAAUGUCAACCUGUCCAUGCCCAAGUUACCCCCUAUAUCUCUCUCUAUAUAUAAAUCUUUGCAUUAAAGGCUGGCAGUCAACCUCAUUUAACAGAAUAUCAAUGAAUAUACCUAUGGGAUGGAAAGUGUAUGAUGUAUCACAAAAGCAAUCAAAGACAAGAUUGGUCAAAUUCUUCCAACACAACAAUAAAAUAUUUGGGGUUUCAAUUUCAGGCUAAGAUGGAAAUUAUCUAUUUUUAGAUAAUAAUAUUUGGUAAAUAAAGUUUAUGUAGCCUUUCUAUUGUCAUAUUUUUAUAUAUUUUUUCAUUUUUAUUGAGUUACUUUGCACAUUUCUUUCAACUUUAGCACUGAUUUUGUUACAAAUCUUAAAGUACAAAUCACUUGUUAAAUAAAUGAAUACUUCAAUGUGUACUUUGAUUCUCCAAAAAAUGAUUGAUUUUAUGAUUUAUAAAACUUUCAAAACUUCACGUGAAACUUUGAAUAAUCCAAUGGCAAUUCAGUCUUCCAAAAUUUCACAGAAUUUAUUUGGAUUUCAUUGUUACAAUUUCUACACUGUAUAUCAUAAAGGUUACCAAAUUAGAAAAGAUUAGAUUUGUAACAUAAAGAAUGGAAACUAGAUUUAGGCGACUAUGAAUUAAUAGAUUUUCAUCCCAAUCCAUCCCCUCUUUUUUGAUAAAUAUUGAACAGGGCUAUUUGUGUAUCAGUCCAGUACCAUCCGGGAACGGCACUUAUUCAAACCAGCAAGUGUCGAUGUAAACAUUCAUCAGACUCUAUCCAGUAAAUAAGGCGAAUUAUUACGAUGGUGUUUGUGGCUCAACUGGAAACACAUGUUUAUGAUCCCUUAUGCAAUAAGAAAGAGCAUGAUCACAUAUUCAACGGUGAUCCAGUUAUUUAAGAAAAAUUAAAAAAUGAAAUGUCACCCCCACACCUAUUUAAAAAUAAAUUUGGAUGAAAGUCUGGCAAUUAAUUUAUAUUGGCCUGAAAUAUGUACGUGUGUACAUGUAUGUAACCAGCAUAUUGAGCACAAAGCAGAGGUAAUCAUUCUUAUUUCCAUUCUUACGUCUACUAUAUGCUGGUCAUUUCUUUUGUACUACUAAUUAUUAUAUAGAUAAAAAUAGUCAUAGGUAUUGGCCUGCACUCUAAUAACAUAAGCAUAUAUGUUAGUGAAAGUUGAGAAAAGCUAUACCAGUAUAACAUUGGUAUUUGAAGAAAAAAGUGUAAAAAUACCAGUAAAAACAAUUUGUACCAAUAAUUUAGAGAAAUUCUGUUUAUUAGCAUUUUUGCAGUGAUAGAAUACUUAUAUUAUACAACUUCUGUAUAUUUUGCAUUUUGUCAUUAAACUUGUUUUAAAGUUUGAACACUCCAAAGUAUACAGAAAUACUUUAGUUGAUACAAUUAGAGCAUCACUGUACAUGUAUAUUUGCGACUGACUUUAUUAGUGUAAUAUGUUUAGAUGUUUAAUGUGCAUGUUUCAUAUCUUUCACCCCCAUGCUACUUCAGUCAAUUCUUUACAUGUAAAUACUAUUUUCCAGUCCCAUUAUUUUUCUGUGUUCUCUCUUUUUGACUUUUUCCUUUAUUUUGAAUUAUAUAUAAAUAUAUUUUUUAAAUGUCAUUGUGAUACAAAAAUAAUAAAAUGUACAUAUAAA